CAUUCACAUUUACCGUGCUAAAAGAUUUAACAUGUGGAUGGGUGCUACUACUAAGGCACAAGUUUUAUGUUAGUGUAGCCAUUUCUAUCUUCCCAUAUUUGCAAUUCUUACGUGAGAUGUCCUCCUACAAAGGGAAUCACCAAGAGCAAAUUCUUAGAUUUCAUAGCAAGAAAACAAACCAUGGCAGAGCACAACAAAUGAAAUUUUUUCCAAAUUGAGAUUCCUUGGUUAAACUGAGGCAGAAGACAUGUCUUUUUAUUCUUUGCCCCUUUCUGUCACAUUGGCACCAUGUAUCAAUAUUUAACCUCCCCCUCCUAAUUUUAUCUUUCAAUAUGACUAUGAAUUAAUCCUCCAUUUUUAAUUUAUACUUUGCAAUACCAAAAUUUGCUUGGCCAGUCUUAUAAUGGCCAUGGCUGCUGCUAUCAAUUUCUCAGGCCAGGCACCAUGGCCACGUACAUGCUCCAAAGCUGUAACAAGGCUUGCCCAUGGCACCUUGCCCUACAAAGAAACUUGUUAUUUUAAGAACAAUAGUAGGAUAAUACAGAAGCAUGGCCUUUCUGUUAAAAGGAAGGCUGAAAGUACAUUGUUCUGUGACCGUGUACCCGUUAUAGUAAUGUCAUCAAAUAGCAAUUCAAAUUAUUGGUUAUCAAAUAGCAAUUCCCAUUCCGGAUCAAGUUCUCCAUCAGAGACAGUCAAUAAAUUUUACACAAGCAUCAAUAGCAAGGACUUGGAUGACCUACGUGAAAUCAUAUCAGAAGAUUGUUAUUUUGAGGAGUGCUCGUUUCUCCAUCCGUUCGAGGGAAAAAAGGAAGUUAUGCAAUUUUUGGAAGAACUUACAGAAUCCAUGGGUGAGAAUGUGAAGUUCAGCUUUGGAAAUAUUUGUGAAGGAGAUGAGUAUACCGCUGGAGUAAAAUGGCACUUGGAAUGGAAAAAAUCACAGAUACCCUUCACCAGAGGCUCCAGCUUCUUUGAGUGCUCAAAAGGAGGAGACAGAAUAAUUAUCAAGAAAGCACAAGUUGUGAUUGAAUCACCAAUCAAACCAGGAGGCCUAGUUCUGACCUUGUUGAAGACAGUGACAUCUCUAUUUGAUGAGUUCCCGAAGGCUACUGAAUGGUUCCUAAGUAGUCCCCAUGUCAUCCUACAUUGGAUAAUAAAGAUUUACGACAAGCUUGUGGACACUUAUAUCAACCCACUACUGAACAGCUACAUAAAGCUAUGGAGUCUCCCAGCUAAAAUUUUUCUCUUUGCAAUUAAGAUUUUGCACCACAUAUUUAAAUAAAGGGCACUGUACAUUAAAGUUCUAGUUAUAUAUCAACUCUAGCAGUAGAGGAAUGGCUUCACAUAACCUGUCAGUCAUCAUUGCUAUCACGACUUGACCAUGUUUCUAACAAUUAGAGAGCGACCAAUGGUCCAAGAACAGGUGGGAGAGGUGGAGGCCUGCUGAAGGCAACAAUAGGAUCAUUCUUUUCAUUUGUAACUGGUCCUUCUUCCCCAGAAUUAUUAUUCCCUUGUUUCUUUGGAGUUGAAGUGGCCACGGUACCUGAUAUUAAUAAGACAUCAUUGUAAGA